CGUCAUCUGCCCUCUUCCUGCGCACUGGCGCAUUCCUGCACUCUGCUGUAUCGGGCCUCGAGGGGUUCUUGUGCACCCGCACCAAGUUUGUCUCAACGACCUUCAGCUGGUCUUCCCCGUCUAUCGCGCAUUCUUGAAGCUUGUUGAAAGCUCGUCGAAGCUCGCCCGCCCUAUAUCGCAUGUUAUCCAGGCUAAUUUACGCAGCAGCUGAACCCUCUAAGAAGGAAUCCUAUCACCGCCGCCAUGAAUCGAGCUUUAUCCAUCCGGUCCCGCAAGAAGGACGACCAUGCCAAAGAGGCGUCUAAGCAUACCUUUUCCAUCUCGACCCUCCGCGGCAUGCAUCAGGCCGAGCUCUCCAAGAAACUCUUCAAGCUGAUCAAGACCGAGAACCAUUGCAUUGAAGCCUACGAGACCGCCGGCCGCGAACGCCUGUCCAUUGCCUCCCAGCUGUCCGACUGGGGCGAAGCUACAAACGAUGAUGCCGUCUCGGACAUUUCGGACAAGAUUGGUGUCAUUCUUUCCGAGAUUGGAGAGCAAGAGGAUCUGUUUGCCCAGAAUCUCGAGGACUAUCGAUCUAUUCUGAAGCAGAUCAGAAACAUCGAAGCCAGUGUGCAGCCCAGUAGGGACCAGAAGGUCAAAAUCAGCGACGAAAUCCAAAAGCUCAAGUACAAGGAACCAUCCAGCCCCAAGUUGGUCACGCUGGAGCAAGAACUCGUGCGAGCAGAAGCUCAGAACCUGGUCGCUGAGGCUCAACUGACCAAUAUCACCCGCCAGAAAGUGAAGGAAGCAUACGAUUUGCAUUUCGCAGCCACGAUCGAGCGAGCCGAGAAACAGAUCAUCCUGGCCAAGUACGGGCGACGCCUGUUGAACUUGUUAGAUGACACCCCCGUGGUGCCGGGAGAUGUGCGCCAUCCAUUCGCACAAGCCGGCGAGGCGAGACAGGUCCUCGCGGAUGCAGAGCAAGAUCUGCAAAGAUGGGAGCCUCAUCUUGAACCGAUCCACUCCAAUGCUGGAGGCUUGGGAACAAAUCUGAUGCCCAUGGAUGACCGCAGCACUCGAGCCACUUCGGAGGCCCCUGAUCCAGUAGCAGAUCCUGUGCCAACGGAGAAGCCGGCGGCAGAGGCCCAAGGAACGCAUCUGGAGCAAGCAACCGCUUAGAAAGUGGAGAGAUGGAGCGAGGAGCAGAGGAAGGAGAGGGAAAAGUUGGGCAUCAGGAAAUAACACGGAGUGGGGCAGAUGCGAUGUGCCUUUUGGUUUUGUCCUGCGUUUCGAGGUCUGCUUUAUUGGUCGCAUGGCUGAUGUUUUCUGAUGUUGUCGUGUUGGGCAGUCAGCCCGGUUUGUCAAAGCAGCUCUGAUGGCUCUAGAAAUGAGGUGACGGCGAGCAGUUCUGUUUCCGGUAGCAAAUCCAGGAUUUCAUGACUUGAUGUCCCAUAUUGCAUUUGAUGGUUGAGCGUGCCUGAGUCCGGCAUCUGAAACUUGGAGCAUCUUUCCCCAUCGAUGCAGGAUAACCCGGGAGGAUCAGCCUUGUCUCUCGGGCUUCUGUCAGAAAUAGGUGGCACAGUCUAACACAGAGCAGAAGCCAUCUUAAAAUAUAGCCACAGCCAUAGAUGAGAUAUAGCUAACGUUAUCAACAAGGAUAGGGAUACCACUGUAUCCGUAAAUA